CAGAAAUGAAACAGAGAAUAGCCGCCACCAGAAGCGUUGCACUCACUUUUCCCUGCCAUCACAGACAGUCACAGUAGUUACUCUUAGUCAACACCAGAGGCAGAGAGACUUUUAGCUCUCGGUCAAAAUCACUUCCACCACUCUGAUCAAAACCACUGUUCCUAAAAUAAAACCCUAACCUCUCUCAAAUUUUCCAUUUUCCGAGUUUCUUCUUCUGAACCGCUUUCCUGCAUUUUCGCCAAACUCCUUCUCACAAGUUAUUUAUUACUUUGAACUCCAUAAAUAGCCCCCGGUUUCUGCUCGAACAACCGUUACAUGAAAUAGAAUUAACUAUUGCUUUUUAUUCUUUCCUUUAGUUUUUGAAUUUUGAUAAUUUCAUUGUGACUGAAUGGAUAUAAUUUGAUAAUUUUUCGCAGAUCGAGCUUUGAACAUUUGAGGCAUUUCACUGAUAACUGAUACAGAUUACCGAGGACAUUUUGUUUUUCGUUGUUGGUUGUGCUUAUUGUUUUUGGUUGGAUUUGAUUUGAGUUAUUUGUCAAAAUACGUAUAACUCAUAAUAAGCAUGGCAAGCACUAUGCAACUAAGUUGGGUUAGUAAGAGCACGGUCCCCGUGGCUUUGAGUAGAAGAGUGUGUUGUCAAUGUCAACCACCCCUGUGGCUGCCAUGGCGAAUUGGGUUUGUUACUCCCGUUCCCCUUGUGAGGAGAGUUUCGAGUGAGAGGGUGGCGGCACUCAGGGUUAGUUGCAGCAAGGAAACUGAAAGUGAUGUGGUUGAGGGUGAAAGUGGGGGCUUUGCGGAAACUGAAAUGAGUUACACAUGUGUCAUGAAGUUUGGUGGCUCCUCGGUUGCCAAUGCUGAAAGAAUGAGAGAGGUUGCCAACCUUAUUCUGAGCUUCCCGGAAGAGAGGCCAAUAAUUGUUCUCUCUGCCAUGGGAAAGACAACUAACAUGCUUUUGCUGGCUGGAGAAAAAGCUGUAAGCUGUGGAGUAACUAAUGCUGAUAGUAUUGAUGAGCUCAACAUAAUAAAAGAUCUUCAUCUCAGGACUGUGGAACAGCUUGGAGUGGACAGAAAUGUUAUUGAGAAGCAUCUAGAAGAAUUGGAGCAACUUCUAAAGGGGAUAGCUAUGAUGAAAGAGUUGACUCCACGGACUCAAGACUAUUUAGUUUCAUUUGGAGAGUGCAUGUCCACUAGGAUAUUUGCUGCAUAUCUUAAUACAUUAGGAGUUAAGGCCCGCCAAUAUGAUGCAUUUGAGAUGGGUAUUAUAACAACUGAUGACUUCACAAAUGCUGACAUUUUGGAAGCAACAUAUCCUGCUGUUGCAAAGAGGUUACAUAGUGAUUGGGUUUCUGAUCCUGCUAUUCCAAUUGUUACAGGCUUCCUUGGAAAGGCACGAAAAUCAUGUGCGGUGACAACAUUGGGUAGAGGUGGAAGUGAUUUAACUGCUACAACAAUUGGGAAAGCGCUAGGGUUGCCAGAAAUCCAGGUAUGGAAAGAUGUUGAUGGUGUUCUAACCUGUGAUCCAAAUAUAUGCCCACAAGCAAAACCUGUUCCAUAUUUGACAUUUGAUGAGGCUGCUGAACUUGCAUACUUUGGUGCUCAGGUCCUCCAUCCACAGUCUAUGAGACCGGCUAGGGAAAGUGAUAUUCCUGUUAGGGUUAAAAAUUCAUACAACCCUAAAGCUCCAGGUACUCUGAUUGCUAAGACAAGGGAUAUGAGCAAGGCAUUAUUAACAAGCAUUGUUUUGAAACGUAAUGUGACCAUGUUAGAUAUUGUAAGCACUCGCAUGCUUGGUCAGUUUGGGUUCCUUGCUAAGGUAUUUUCAAUAUUCGAAGAGUUAGGCAUAUCAGUUGAUGUUGUAGCUACAAGUGAAGUUAGUAUUUCCUUGACAUUGGAUCCAUCAAAGCUAUGGAGCAGAGAGCUAAUUCAACAGGAACUUGACUAUGUUGUCGAAGAACUGGAAAAAAUUGCUGUGGUAAAUCUCUUAAAGACCAGAUCCAUAAUCUCUCUCAUUGGAAAUGUUCAGAAGUCAUCACUAAUAUUGGAGAAGGCCUUUCAUGUUCUUCGAACUCUUGGGAUCACUGUUCAAAUGAUCUCUCAGGGUGCAUCUAAGGUGAAUAUCUCGUUAGUUAUAAAUGACAGUGAAGCAGACCAGUGUGUCAGGGCUCUCCACAAAGCCUUCUUUGAGAGCGAACUCUCUGAAUUAGAGAAUGAAUGCAUACCUAGAAAUGGUUCGGUUCCUGCAUUAUCUUAGCGGUAUACUUUUGUUUUGCCAAUAUAGCAGAUUAAUAUCUUAUCUUAUAGGUUAAGAAAUUUUUUGGCUAGGAGGAAUAACGAUAUAUUAGUACAGUAUUUAUUAGUAUGUUAUUGCCAGAGUAAACCUUUGUAUAUUCUGGUCGCCUCCUCUAUAAGGGGGUUUGACCAGGUGCAAGCAGUUAUUUAUAUUUUAUUGUGAGUUUGAAUAAUCUUCUUAAUACUUAUAGGAGAAUUAUAUAAUUGAUAUCAAUAUCAAUCAUUAUAUUAUUGGGUUA